AUGGAGAAUCAUGGGGGGUUUGAUUCAGCGGAUUGGGAGGACCAACCCCUAGGGCGUUUGGCGGCAGGCAGAUUGGGAGGUGCUGGUGGUGGUGGUGGUGGUGGUGGUGGUGGUGGUGGUGGUGGUGGUGGUGGUGGUGGUGGUGGUGGUGGUGGUGGUGGUGGUGGUGGUGGUGGUGGUGGUGGUGGUGGUGGUGUGGGGAGGAGGGGGGUAGAAGAGGAGCGGAGUGCAGGGAGUGCAGGAAUGGAGAACCACGGGGGCAUUGUGCCUGAAGGGGUUGUGCCUGACGCAAUGGAUAAGCGCAUUCCGAUGGGCAUCCGAAUGAGUCCUGAGCGCCUACAGCUGCCUCUGGAGGCGCUGCCACAGGCCAUCGACAGCAGCGAGCAGAAGAACGUCAUGCUCGCGUUUCGAGAGCGGUUUGACAAGUAA